AUGCUCGUUGCUGCUGCCGUCGCUCGCUAUUGCCGCCAAGAGAUGUUUGCUGUUGUCAUCACCGAUUGGAAUCCAGAAGAGGAAGAUUGGGCAGUGGAUGGCCGGCCGGCGGCGAUGUGUGGGAGUAGUGAAGGUCCCUUGAAUAAGAAGGGGCCAUGGGGGAAAAGAGGGGAACGGAGUGAUUUCAUCGGCGAAGUGCGGAAGCAGGUGGCGAAUCGCGUCGGACAAGGGGAAAGAAGAAGGGUGCGCGUCUUUCGGCGAAGCAGAGCUCGAGGAAGUGCGUUUUUCCCGGAUUUAGGCUUUGCGAUGCAUUCUUGUGAGGUUUUGCAGAUGACGGUGAUCGUCUUCCUCCUUGAGCUCGGUAAAGGAAGUGGUAUUGGGAUGGUGAUAGUGGACACGAAGACAGAGUGACCGAGAGGAGGAGACGGAAAGCAAGCCACACUGUCCAGGGCCACUAUGCAUGAUAUUCAAUCGGAACCUUUGAUUGUAUUAAGAUUAAGAGCUUUAGCUUAAAUAUAUAAAAAAAAUUGAGGUUGUUAUUGCUAUGUCCAAGUUACAAAUCAUAUAGUUGAGAUGUUUCAGACUAGUUCACUAAUAACAUUUUAAAUUAGAAAUAA